AUGGAGGCCAUCUGGCUGGAAGACCACAAACUGGAGCUGAAGACCGACCUCCCGGUACCAGAUGCGCCCGGCGAGGCCCUGGUGCGCGUCCUGCGCGCGGGCAUCUGCAACACGGACCUGGAGCUGGUCAAGGGGUACUACCCCUACACGGGCGUCCUGGGCCACGAGUUCGUGGGCAUGGUGGAGCGGGGCCCGGAGGAGAUCACCGGCAAGCGGGUGGUGGGCGAGAUCAACGCGACCUGCGGCGGCUGCCGCUUCUGCCGGUCGGCCGCGCCCACGCACUGCGACGACCGCACGGUGCUGGGCAUCGUCGGCCGGCACGGAGCGUUUGCGCGCUUUCUCUCCCUGCCCGCUAAGAACCUGCAUCCCGUGCCUGACGGCAUCAGCACGGACGCCGCGGUGUUCGCGGAGCCCCUGGCGGCGGCGCUGGAGAUCCAGGAGCAGGUGGCUGUGGGGCGCGGCGCUAAAGUGCUGCAGGUUGGGGACGGCAAGCUCGGCCAGCUGGUGGGCCAGACGCUGCUGGCCACGGGGUGCGAUCUCAGCGUCGUUGGGCGACAUCCCGCCAAGUUGGCGCGGCUGGAGAGGCACGGCGCCAGGACAAUCGACGCCGGAGAUGUGGAUGCCAAGAGCUUUGACAUCGCGGUGGAGGUGACGGGGAAUGAAGAGGGAUUCGCGCUGGCGCAGAGGGCGCUGCGCCCACGGGGCACGUUGGUGAUGAAGAGUACUUACGCCGGACGGCUGAGCCUGGACGCGGCGAGCAUCGUGGUGGACGAGCUGACGGUGGUGGGGUCGCGGUGCGGGCCCAUGGGCAAGGCGGUGGAGGCGCUGGGGGCCGGCCUGGAGGUGGAGGACCUUAUUGAGGCGAGGUACCCGCUGGCGCGCGGCCUCGACGCCUUCGAGCACGCCGGCAGGCGGGGCGCCCUGAAAGUGCUGCUGGACGUCACCUGA